GAAAGCCCGGCCACCGCGCAGUCCUAUCGCGCCAGUACGUCCAGUUUCGCGCGCUUUUUGACAAGUGUCAUUAAUUUGGAUACUCUGCAUUAAAAAUGAAAAUGAGGUGGAGUAUUUUAUUUGGUUUAAUGCUUAUCGGCGUCGCAUGCGCAUCAGAAGAAGAAGACAACGUUCCUGAUGCAGGAGUUGAAGAGGACGAUGAAGAAUUACAAUUUGAUCGCGAGGAGUCCCGGAAUUUGAGGCCGAGAGCAUAUAACACACCCGUGGCCUACCCUAACACCCUGCCUAGUGGUUUUCGACCAACGCCAUCUCUUGCUGAGCUUGCAGGCUACCAGCGUGCUCAAGAGCAGCAGGAGUAUAUAGUUCCCACCAGACCUCAGCAAGUCUAUAUCGAAGAGCAACGACAACCUAUUAGGACACCUCACAGGAAGCCUCAGGACCAACGUCCAGCUAAGUUCCAACAAUCACUGGAAGAAGAGGAAGAAUUAGAAGAAAAAGAAGAGCCGGACCGCCUUUCAACUCUCUUACAGCAAUCAAAGUUUGACUGUGGCACUCGCAAGACUGGAUACUAUGCAGAUGAGGAACUGAAUUGUGAAGUGUUCCACUACUGCCAGGAUAAUGUUAAACACUCUUGGAUUUGCCCAGAGGGAUUCACAUUCCAUCAAGUUCACCUAAUUUGCAUGCCACCAAAUCACGACAAUAUCUGUCAGAGGUCAUCCAAGUACCACUUUGUUAAUGAAUACCUUUACAAGCCUAUUAACGAAGAGGAAGUCCAAAGGAAACCUAACUCUCCUCUGCGUUACUCCGAGAGGUACUACCCAUCUGAGGUCUAUAAUGAUGACAGAUAUGAAAGGGAGGAUGAGGAAGAGGAACAAGACCCUAAUAGACAGCAAGCAGCACAAAUCCAAGAAAGACCACAUCAGAGACAGCAAUUCCAGCCCCAGGUCUUCAGAUCAGCUGAAGAAGUCAAUAUACCUUUAGUCCAAAGACGUCCCCAACGUCCUUAUGACUUUGAACAGUAAACUAUAUUUUAUUAAUUAAUAAAAAUGUUCAAUUAUUUCCAAGUGCUACAUUAGCCACCUUAGAGCGGUUAAUUAUAAUUUAAAAUCACUAUUCUAAAGCAACAUAUAAAAAUUAGUGAUUGAUUUCUAAAAUCAGAUUUAGCCGUUUCAUGAGCAUUUGGGAAAGGUUAAAUUAUUAUCGAAAUAUUAUUUUGGUGCUCAAGAUAUAAUUUAAAACUUUUAAAUACUUAUUUUAAAUAUAAUUUAAUAGUUUACGUACUUAUUUAUGACACUGUACAAUAAAGUAUUUUUGUAAUAGUAUUUUGUAAAUUACAAAUUAGAUAUAAGCUAGUCUGCUAGAGCUAAGAAAUAAAAGUUUAUUAAAAAUAA